GUUCUGUAUUUUCAAUAGAAAGAGGGAACUAUCUUAUCUUGUUUAAAACAGUAAGUACGGAUAAAAUAAAAGUGGAUGACUGCCUGUGUACUCAUGUUUCAUUUGAGUUUUUCUAAGUGCUUUGAAGGAAGUAAAAAUGUGCUUCUUUCUCUUUAGGGUGUCUACAAACAGAAUUGAACUGGUAUCUCUGGUACUUUUAAUUCCAAACAAGAUGAAGAUCCCAUCUUUGCUGCUGAGAUUCCCUCGUUGUUUCUUUAGAAGAGCUUACUUCCCGAACUUUCAUUUCACUUCCAGAGUGGAUUUCCUGUGCAUUGAAUCUCUUACGCCAGCACAGCACUAUCAAACAAAAUGGGUAUCUUCGUCAAACAGUUUGAGGAGAGAGCUGAGUCAGCAGGUGGCCCCUAACCAGCAAGUAGAGGAACUUUCUAAUGGAGAACACAGACUUGUAGACAGACUUUACAGUGGACUAAUCCAGGGUCAUAGAGCCUGUUUAGCAGAAUCCAUUACACUUAUAGAAUCAACUCAGAGCAGGAAGAAGAAAAUAGCACAGGUGCUCCUUCAGAAGGUAUUAUCCUACCACAGGGAACAAGAAAAGUUAAAUCAAGGAAAGCCACUUGCCUUUAGAGUGGGGUUAUCUGGUCCCCCUGGUGCUGGGAAAUCGACUUUCAUAGAAUGCUUUGGGAAGAUGCUUACGGAAAGAAAAUACAAAGUGUCUGUGCUGGCUGUAGACCCUUCCUCUAGUACAAGUGGUGGUUCUCUCUUGGGUGAUAAAACACGAAUGACUGAGCUGUCAAGAGACAUGAAUGCAUACAUCAGACCAUCUCCAACCAGAGGAACUCUCGGAGGUGUAACAAGGACCACAAAUGAAGCCAUUCUGCUGUGUGAAGGAGGUGGCUACAAUGUUGUUCUUGUAGAAACAGUAGGUGUGGGACAGUCAGAAUUUGCUGUGGCUGAUAUGGUUGAUAUGUUUAUAUUGCUGCUACCACCUGCAGGUGGAGAUGAAUUACAGGGUAUCAAACGAGGUAUAAUUGAGAUGGCAGAUCUAGUUGCUAUAAAUAAAGCCGAUGGUGAUUUAGUUGUGCCUGCACGAAGAAUACAAGCUGAGUACGUUAGUGCUAUGAAGCUGCUUCGCAGACGUUCAAAGGUUUGGAGACCAAAGGUAAUGCGCAUCUCUGCCAAAACUGGAGAAGGUAUCUCAGAUAUGUGGGAUAAAAUGACAGAAUUCCGUGACCUCACACUCACAAGUGGCGAAUUGAUUGCCAAGCGACGGAAGCAGCAGAAAGUGUGGAUGUGGAAUCUCAUCCAAGAAAAUAUGUUGGAACAUUUCCGGAGUCACUUGGCAGUCAAGGAUAAGAUUCCACUUCUAGAAGAAAAGGUUCUUCGUGGUGUCUUGUCACCUGGGCUGGCAGCUGACCUGCUGCUGAAAGCAUUCAAAGAUAGUCUCUAAGCAUUAUAUUCUACUUUGUUCUUAUUAAGCGCUUUAUGUAAACAUGAACAUUAAAUACAGUUUUUGUA